AUGGACCCGGUGGCGAUCCCGACGCGCGCCGCCGAUGCCCUGCGCGCGCUCGCGCGCUGCGGCGCCUCGGACGUCGGCGCGUGCGCGACGCGUGCGGUCGAACACGUCGCGAGCGGGACCGCGCUCGAGGCCUCGGCGCACGCGCGUGGGCGAGCGAGCGAGACGAGCGAGGCGCUGGGGUGGUUCUUCGUCGCGUGCGUCGAGGCGAGCGUGUCGGAGAUUAUCGGCGAGCUGGGAUUGACAAAGGUGCGGCAGUCUCCCGUCGGAGCCCCUGGGUCGAUCCCGCGCGGGGUUUCGGGUGGAGAGCGGAAGCGGGUGAACAUCGGGGUCGAGCUCGUUGGCGAUCCCGAGGCAAUUUUUUUAGAUGAGCCGACCUCAGGGUUGGACUCGUUUCAGGCGCAGCGGUGCAUUUUCGCCCUACGCGCGCUCGCGCAGACGGGAAGAACGGUGGUGUGCACGAUUCAUCAACCUCGAUCGUCGAUCUACGCCAUGUUCACGCAGCUCUUGCUCAUUAGCGAGGGACGCUUGCUGUACAUCGGAGAUGCGCAGCAAGCCGUAGAGUAUUUUUCGCAACUCAAGUUUGAGUGCCCGCAUUUGACAAAUCCGGCGGACUUCUUCAUGGAUAUCACAUCCGUCGACGUUCGAAAUCCGGAACGAGAAAAAUCAUCAAGAGCAAGGAUCGAGUUUUUCGCCGCCGAGGCCGCGGAGAGGAGGCUCGGCGAGAAGGCUAUCGAACGAAGUCUAGAGAAGCAUCGCGCGAGGACCAUGGCCGCCUCGACGCGGGACGAUGAAGAUACAACACAUGCGUCAUGGAUCAAGCAGUUCAUUCUUCUCACGCAGCGGGGAUCUAAAAAUCAGCGCAGAAACGUCAUCGGUGUCGGAGUGACGCUCGUUAUCGAGCUGGUGUACGCCGCGAUUGCCGCCGUGUUGUUUAGAGGUGUUGGAUAUGACCAGAAGGGCAUUCAAGACCGGAUCGGCUGCCUAUUCUUCGUCACGUUAAACGUGGCGUACACGGCGGCGCUACCUGUGAUCAAUGUCUUCUCUGUGGAGAAGGCCAUCGUCGUCAGAGAGCGCUCAUCCGGCGCAUACCAGUGGGCCCCGUACUACGUUAGCAAGUACGUCGCCGAACUUCCCAAAUUGAUUUCCCGACUAGCGUACACGAGUCUGAUCUACUGGGUCGUGGGACUUCGUAGAUCUGCGUACAACUUUUGGGUUUUCGUCGCCGUAGUCAUCACCGAAGUCAUGUCUAUGACGGCGGCAGGUUUGCUCAUGGCUUCGGCCAUGCCUGUCGGCGCCGCGCUCGCGCUCGGUCCUGCAUUCAUCACAAUUUUUUCACUGUUUGGUGGCAUUUACCUGAACAUGAACUCGAUUCCAGACGGCGCGAAAUGGAUUCGUUUCAUCAACCCGAUAUAUUACGCGUAUGGUGCGCUGGUGGCGAAUGAGUUUGGCGGUGAUGACCUUUCGUUCUCGUGCGAUGCGUCCGACGGCAGAUGCUUGACGACUGGUAAAGACGUGCUCGAACUGUACGCAUUUGCUGACGUGAAAAUUGGAAUCUUCAUCAUGGCCCAGUUUUUACUGCAGAUAGGCCUGCACUUGCUCGCCUAUUUAGGGCUCCUGAGAGCGUCCCAACAGUUCUUGCCUCUCUCUGCGGUAACUCCGAAGGAGGACGUGACUGCUGAGGAAGACUCAAGCGAGGGGAACGAAAAUCGCAAAGAAACGGUUUAG